UUUGCAUUCGAUGUCUCAAUUUGAACUUACCAAAUAAGUGUAACUUCAUUACCGAGCCAAAUAAUUCAAACCAUGGCUUUUCGAUAGAAGCGAAGUCGUCAGCGAGCACGCAAAAAUGGGAACAUUAUAAGGGUUCACAGACUAUCCAUUGGGCGAGCAACACGCCUGCAUGAUGUCAGGCACGGGAUAGAUCACCAUGUAGCCGCCGUGGUGGCGAUUGAACUGUGAUUUCCCCUACACGAACUAUGAAAAUAUUGGAAAGAUGUGUUCUCACAUGCUUGUGCCUGCUCCACGCCGUUGUCGAUCCAACCACAAUAGCAAAGGUGUGGAAUCGCGGGGCUCAACCAUUAUGUGCUGACCGCUAUACCCUUCUGUUCACCUGACGAUGUUGUGGAAACCCUCUCACACACACAAAUCCAUUCAUAGGAAACUAUCUAUGUGCUGUCAACUCACAGAAAUCUCAACAGCAACUUACUCCCCUAUGUCAUAUUCACAUAGUUGUUCUCAAUUCCGGGUGACGAAAUGUACGGCCUCAAGCCCUUCGCAGCGCUUUCGAGCUUACUCUUUAGUCCGGCAACGGAGCACCUCAAGCUGAAUGUAACAGCCGUGAGUGCCCGAGACGGCCGGUCAACUAUCGAAUGUUGGCAACUUGAUCAGCCGUUCUCUUGGUAUCCCAAUGGAGCCUUCGCAGCAUCAUUUCAUAGUCUUUCCAGCAUGACAUAUACUUUCGUCCCCCGUGGCUAUGAUACAGGUUCAGUUAAUGCGCCGCGCAAACAAUGGGCUAUUGUGAUCGCGGGGCUACUUCACAUCUCUCUUCCCCACGAUAACACCACCUCCGCCUACAUCCCCGCUGGCGAAAACGGCAUCGUUUUUGCUGCCGAUACCGCAGACAUCAGCUAUACGGGCCACGUAAGCCAAUUUCCCGGUGUUACAGAGACCGUCUUCCUGCAAUUCCCAACCAGUGACGGAGGUGUACCACCACACCGGGAAUUGCAUAUGGGGCCGUGCAAGGUGCAUGAGACAUCCGGACUUAGAGGAUUGUCCGUGGAUGUAUCAUCAAGCAGUUUAUUCUAGUCAAUGAGAUAUGGGUAAAACAAGUCUGUUUUGGACGGCGUUCGUUGGAUUUUACAUUUCCCUUACAUUUUCGGUUUAUGGCGUCAAUAGAGGCGUUGAGAUGCAAGGUACUUAGGUACACAUUGAAGAGCUCAACCUCUUCCUUGGUUGAUCAUCUGGAUGUAUUGCUUGACCGGAGUGUUUGUACGACACGAAAUGUGUAAAUUUACGAUGAUGAUGUAUGAGAGUGGUACUCA